GGUUGCUUACUUCUGCUAUUCUAACCAGUAAAGGUCCAAAUUACAUGUCAAAUCAUAUCGAGAAGCAGCGGCGUAAAGACGACGGCGAUCAUCAACCAUUUUAAAAGAUUAUACAGCGACUUUACCCUGCGUACACCCAACGACGACAUUGAAAAAACAGUAUAGAAGAAGCGGCUUGUCAGAGAGAAUCAAGAAAAAAAACGUAGUAGAGAAAAAAAGUUAAGCAAAAAAAGCCAAGAAAGAAAAACGGAACGAAGGCGACGAAGUCAUAACUGAAAUUCAGAAGCACAACGACGCCGGGAUUCAAAAAGUUUUAAUUUUUUAUUAAAAAGAAAAACGAAAAGGGGAUUUCCAGCCUUGUUCCAUACACACACACACACAACUCAAAUAAUUUUUUUGCACAAUGUCUGAACGGGAAAAUAAUGUAUACAAGGCUAAAUUGGCCGAACAAGCAGAACGCUACGAUGAAAUGGUUGAAGCCAUGAAGAAAGUUGCCUCCAUGGAUGUUGAAUUAACUGUGGAAGAACGCAAUCUUUUAUCAGUUGCAUACAAAAAUGUGAUUGGCGCUCGUCGUGCCUCAUGGCGUAUUAUUACCUCAAUCGAACAAAAAGAGGAAAACAAGGGUGCCGAGGAGAAAUUAGAAAUGAUCAAAACUUAUCGCGGCCAGGUUGAGAAGGAGUUGCGCGAUAUAUGCUCUGACAUUUUAAAUGUUCUCGAGAAACAUCUCAUUCCAUGUGCCACCACAGGCGAAAGUAAAGUAUUCUACUAUAAAAUGAAAGGUGAUUACCAUCGUUAUUUGGCUGAAUUCGCCACCGGCUCGGAUCGUAAGGAUGCGGCUGAAAAUUCAUUGAUUGCCUAUAAGGCAGCUAGUGAUAUUGCUAUGAAUGAUUUGCCCCCAACACAUCCCAUACGUUUGGGUUUGGCGCUUAAUUUCUCGGUAUUCUAUUAUGAAAUUUUGAACUCACCCGAUCGUGCAUGCCGUUUGGCGAAAGCAGCAUUCGAUGAUGCCAUUGCAGAACUGGAUACAUUAAGUGAAGAAAGUUACAAAGAUUCCACACUUAUUAUGCAACUGCUUAGGGAUAAUCUCACAUUAUGGACAUCGGAUAUGCAAGCCGAUGGUGACGGUGAACAAAAAGAACAAAUCCAAGAUGUUGAAGAUCAGGAUGUGUCGUAAUUUAAGUAACCCCCGCCCCAAAUCCUUUAAAACAAAAAACAUACCCCCUAAAAUACUAUUUGCAUUUCUUAUUUUUAAAAAAACUACAACAAACAAAACAAAUGAAACUGUUCUCCAGUUAUUACACCAACAACAACACCACCACAAAUGCUACAAAAAGAUCCUACUCCUCCUCCGCCCUCCCCAGAGAAUUCAUAAUUCACGGCUCCUUCAUAAAAGGAAAAUAUUCUUCGAUUCGGAAAUACACCACCACCACAUUAGUUCUUUUCCCUGCCUGCCGCCGCCUCCUCCUCCUCACUCAUCCACACUCCUACUCUCUUCUUUAGAUGAAAUCAACCCAAUCAGCAGAAGAAGAAGAAGCAUGUUUUUCUUAUACAUAUAUUUUUUUUCAAAUGUAGUCAUUACAAUUAAAUGUAAUAUUCUAUAUUUUUCCACUUUUUAUAGAGGCCACUUUUUAUAAAACAGUAAAGAAGAAAAAGAAAGAAAAUAUUUUUUCCUCUCUCUCUCUCUCUCUCUCACUUUUCCCCCCACACAAACACUCUCCACAUAUACAAUAUGUCGUUUUCCUUCCUUAUUGUUUCAUCAUGCCGCCAACAUGUGUCCUCGCCAAUACUACGUCAUUUUCCACCACACCACCAUAAGCCCAUUGACAUGUGUGAAAAUGAAGAUUUUUUGCAUUAAUACAUUUAAAAUAUAAAAGAAAGUAUAUAACAAGAAAUCAACCAAGCAACAACAACAAAAUACAUCAGAAAUAAACAACAAAAUUUAAAAAAAAAAACAAACCCAAUUGAUACGAGAUCAUCUUUUUUUCAAAUAAGAGAAGGAUUAAAGAGUAAUGGAAAAUUAAAAGAGAAACAUACAAAAAACUCGCGCCAAGAAUAGGAAGCAUAUUUCAAACAAAUAUCACACAUACACACACGCAUACACAAACAAUAUAAACUACAUACAUGCCUAGAUUCUGCCACCGCCAUACACACACACACACACAUCCUUAAGAAACGUUACAACAUGCAUACAUUCAAACAAAAAUUGACAACCGAUCGAAAGCCCAUCAUCUUCAUCAUCACCCCUCCUACUACCCCACUUUAUUCACCUCUCUUUGAGCGAACAGAAGUAUCAAGAACAUGAAGAAGAAGAACAGUCAUAAAAUUAAAUACAAUUUGAUAAUUAAAUAAAUGCUACGAAACACACAAUAAAAGAAAUUACAAAAACAAAAUAAGAUUUAUUAUUAUUAAUUAAAUAUAAAAACUCUUAAUUUUAAGACUACUACAACUAAACCAACCGAGAAACUCUUAUUGUUGUGAUGAGAAGAGAAGAGCAUGCAUGAAUGGAAGAGCGCGGCAGCGAAAGGCCAGGCUGGGUCGUCACAGGAUUUUGUAAUCUUUUUUGCUUUUCUUUUGGGUCUUAACUUUUUUGGGGGUCAUUCACAUUGUCCAUACACUCACUAUAUGUGUGUGUGAUUGUGUUGUUUUUUUUUAAGGUGAAGCAAACACAAGUAAAUGACCUAAGGACUAACCUUUGCAAACCUAUGCUUGAAAGUGUGUUUUCAGCUUACCAAGGAGGGGAUACGAGUUUUUUUUCUUAGUCAUGUAUGUAUGUAUAUGGGCUUUUGGAAAAUAGGCUAUGGCGGGGAGGAGACUUUUGACAUGUUAUUAAUUCCUUAAGCCCUAACAUACAUACAUACAUUGAAUUUUGUGUGUAAGACAAAUGACAUUUUCACCAUCGUGCUCCUCCCUACCACCUAUGUGUGUUAUUUAUUGUUUGUUCCAUGCCCCUCAAGAAAGUUUGUUGUUAUAUAUGAAACAAAGACCCCAAGUUGAUGGCAACCACACUGGUUUAUUUUUUUUUUGUCUUCAGAGUGGUUAUUUCUUCUUUUUCAAAUCAAAGUUUAUAGGUAGAUUUCUUUUUUUUUUUGAGAAUCCUACAAAAGCCAAUGGUGAUGAAUUGUGUGUGUGUGUGUGUGUCAUCAUCAUCGUCAUACCACCCAUCACCAUCGUCAUCUUCUUGUAUUAUUAAUCUCUUAUGCGACAUUGAGAGUGCGGAAAAAGCUCUUUUGUUUUUUCUCAUAUAGUGAUAUAAAACAAAAAUGGAAAGCUUAACUGUGUUUUAUAUAAUUUCUUCUGGUAUCCCAUUUGUAAAACAAAUAACAACAAAAUCAAACUUAAGUAUAUUUCUUUUUCUUUGCCAUAAUUUAUUAACUUAAGCUUUUGUGUAGUGAGUUUAUGAACAAACCAACAAACAAAACAAAACAAAAAAAGAAAAAACAAAAUUACCUAUAGUUACAAAAAAUGGUAGUGUAUAUUACAUAUAAAAAAGAUGAAAAUGAAAAUAAUUCCAAUAACAAAAACGAGCAGUACACAAAUUAUAAGAUACAUAUGUAUUUAAUUUUACACUUCAUUACACUCGCAACAACAAAGAAACAUCAACACACUCACACACACACACGACCCAAAUAUACACACACCACAUAUACAGACGGACACAGUACACAACUUCAUAUUCUCAUAAAAAAAGGAAACUUGAAAUUACGAGCGAGCAUAUAAUAACAGCAGCAGCGUAUCACCACUUUGAUCAUAAGAAUAUAUAUUUAAAUACAAACAGAACAAUUCUUUUCCAAUAAAAAAAAACUUAGAAAAAAACCGAA